UCUUUUGAAUGGAAUUGAGUUGAUUGUAUGCAAUGAGGAAAUCUGGGGUAACAUACCGAACCUCCUCAUUUCACUGUGUUUUACUAAACUGUGAUGAAUGAAUGAAUAUGAUGUGUUGUUAAAUUUUCAGAAAAGAUAAAUAGCGUAUUAUCCAGUUUCCAGCUAGCUAAUCUGUGCACAAAGCAUGGCCUGCGAACCACAGCUGUAUUUUUUUCCUGUUUGUUUUCGCAUUUGCAUUGUCAAGUCUUGUAUUACUUGUUGCAUUCAUGAAAAAAAAUAAAUGAUAGUCGAUAAAUUGUUUUUAUUCUUUUUUAAGAUUUUUUUUCCCCCCUCCGCCUAUGGGGGCGUCUAUCUAUUUCCACUGUAAAUGUCCACAAUAACAUUAAUGAGGAUAAACAACCUGGCUCAUCUGUCCGCUUUAAACUUCAAAUGAAGUCCUUGAGGAGCAGUUUGUCCAGUCCACCUAACUGCAAUGAGGUUUGGCAUUUUGUAGACCGAUCCCAAUCUGCCUCCCCAAGUGAGGCGAGUGAACCACCACACCAUCAGUGUUGGUUUUGAACGACCCGUUGCUCUCUCCUCCCAAGGUCCACGCUUUUAUUCUGAAGGUUCCGGCUCGGAAGUGAGAUGGCUUUGAAUGCGCAAGCUUCGAAGCAGCUUCCGGUGUGCAAUGUGACGUAAAUAAACGAAACCACUUGGGGAAAAGAGAGUGAAUAUUUGUGUGUGUUCGUGUCACCGCAGGACUGUUUGGUUCAUUUGAUCCUAAAGCCAUGGCAACUGACUCGACACUGCUCAACUCCGAGAUGGAGUUACAAGAGCAAGAAGACCUGUAUCAGCACCUUUUAGCACAGACACUAGAAAAUGUGCAGACUGCAAAUCCAGAUUCCAAAGUGAUUCGGCCUCAACCCGGAAUAUGUGUAAAGACGACGUCAGAGCCCGGCAAGCAGAAGGUCUUCGUCAACAUCUGUCAGUCAAACUUGGUCCCACCACCACCGGAGAUCUCCAAAGAGGAACUUUUGGACCUGCUCCAAUUAGAAGAUCCCAGUGGCUACAGAGUUCCCAUGAGCCUCGGGGAGCCACACACUGAAGUGGACAACAACUCUCAGGGUUGCACUGCGUAUGACGUGGUCAUCAAUCAGGAGUUUUUCCAGAAGUGUCAGAAGGAAGCCUUGUUCCAGCAGUUUGUUAUCAUGGUGUCUUUCGAAGGUUUAGAGAACAAAUACAACAUCGAGCUGAGUCGAGAAUGGAAGGUGCUGAAGAACAGAAAGUUCUUGGGGUCUGUCAGCGAGCAGAACAUUCGCACAAAAAGCAAGCCAGUUAUUCAGGAGCUGCAACCUCCGGAAAACUCCACUUCAGGGGCAAAAAGACCAGAGUUCACCUUGUUUGUGGAGCCUCCUUCUGGUGACCCCGAGUACCUCAUUGCAGAAAUCAAGUUGCCCGGCGUGGCUUCAUCCCGCUCGUUGGUCCUUGAUGUCGGCGAGGACCGCCUGGUUUUGACAGCCCGGCCCUCGCUCUACUUUCUCGACAUCUUCCAUCCCUUCCUCGUUGAUCAGGAGACGAGCGUGGCGCAGUUCAACAGCAGUACUCAGGUACAGCCAGUAAAAGUCACACCGUCUAAUCAUCAUCUCUCGGGGGCUACGAUAAGCAAUGACGCCGAUGUUGAAGUGGAAGUCUUUUAACCAUCCUUACAAUCACCUCGCCCGUGGUGUCGUCUUGAAACAACAGAUGCAACCUGCGCUUAUUUAUUAAGAUGCUGUGACGCUCCACGUCCAGCGAGUCAAGUGAAUUCGGUCUUCAUUCCGAUGUCAUGUGAGACGGAAGUUCGAAUGCCCUCCAGUAAAGUUAAUACCACAGCUGUUGAAUUGCUAGAAUGACGUGUGGGAUAUCCUGUAUGGCGCUAACAUGUCACACGCGAACAUAUACGUACAUGAUGAAGACGUCUCGGACAUUGUCGAUCAAGAAACUUGCAUUGUUAGUUUUGCAAAGGCAAAAUUUCAGUACAACUUUUGUGUUUCAUUUCACAAAAUGGACAUCAUGUGGCCGAUCGAGUCACUUUGCUUCAAAAUCUCUGACUGGACCGAAAUGAUGAUGAAACCCCCAAUGGGUUUCAAAAUGUCAGAAUAAAAAGACCUUCAUAUUUGUU